GGCCGCGGGAGAUGGGGUGGAGGGGAUGGUGGGGCAGGAGGUGCUGGGGGGUUUGGGGGUGCUGUGGCCCCACCUGCACUCCCUGCCUUACUGGGACAGCACAGGUGACAGGCUUCUCCUGCAGCUCAGAGGUGGGGGCCUAGUGCAGCUGCAGGUCAUGCCUGGGGAGGGCAGGGUCAGAGCAUUGCCCUGGGCAGGGCUCUGCUGAGACUGGCCCCACCUUAUUAGCUUGGGACCUUGGGUUACAGGGAGUCUCCUGCCUCAGUUUCUACAUUUCACACAGCAGCGCUGCUCACAAGAGCUCCCAAGCAGAGGCAACUACUGAGUGGGGGAGGGACACGGUCCGUCCACAUGGGGCCACCGGCCACGGAGAGAGGAAGGGACAUGGGUGAUAUGGUUUUGCUGUGUCCCUACCCAAAUCUCAACUUGAAUUGUAUCUCCCAGAAUUCCUGCGCGUUACGGGAGGGACCCAGCGGGAGGUAAUUGAAUCAUGGUGGCUGGUCUUUCCCGUGCUAUUCUCGUGAUAGUGAGUAAGUCUCACGAGAUCUGACAGGUUGAUCAGGAUUUCCGCUUUCGCUUCUUCCUCAUUUUCUCUCGCUGCUGCCGUGUUAAGGGAUGCCUUUUGCCUCCCACCGUGAUUCUGAGGCCUCCCCAACCAUGUGCAACUUGUCCAGAGCAGGCGUGUCCACAGACAAGCCGACUGGGAAAGGAGGUCAAGUGCUGACCCCAGCCAGGCAGAGGCAAAGACGCCCCGACGCACAGCCUGUCCUGCCCGUGACCGCACCCACCCUGGGGACCCAUGUUUGGCCCAGACAGAGGCUCGAGCACAGGCGGCUGCGUCCCAUGGGAGCGUCAAGCCACGAGUCUUGGUCGUCCCCUUGGGACCAAGGAGAAGCAGUGACUCCGUGGCCCCCAUCAGCUGCGGCUCCGACAUCCUUCCAGGAGGCAGGCAGGGUCCCGACUGCAUUUCAGGCACCCGCCUUGCGGCGUUCCGGCUGCCCUGACCUUCCCUGCAGACUUGCGGCCUGCUGGGGUCAGAGAGCAUCAGUGACUGCUCCACCUCUUGCAGACAAGGAAGCUGAGGCUGAGGGACAUGGGGACCCUGCCAGUGGGGACGCGGGAAGCAGGGCUGGCUUUGCUCCUGGCAAGCUCUACCCCAGACCGAGACAUAGAGAAAGCAGCGUUUCCCUUUCUCAACAGAACACACUUGAGACCUGGAAGCAAGUGGGUCUGUGCAGGAGGGUGGGGGCAGGAAUGGCACGGGGUGCAAGCGCCGCCUCGGUGUCUUCCCACCCUCGGUCCUAGCUCGGGGUCCCUCCCAGGCUGGCUCAGAGGCCGCUGCCUGAGCAGCCUACAUUUGUGUGCCAAGCCCUCACCGUGCCCUCCUCACUCAGCAAUGACUGGCUGCCCGUGGUGGGGGCUGAGCAGGGCUUUCUCCCCAUUUACAGAACAAGUAAACUGAGGCUCCAGCCCCUGCCGCCACUACCAGAGUCAGAGGCUCCCGGAGAGCAGACCGUGGCCACCCAACCAGGCCAGGAGCAGGAAAGAGGGAUAUUUGGAGUGGCUGAGCAUGCGGCCUGGAGCCCUGGCAGCCCCGCUCAUCCCAAAUGCUGCUAUGUGUGGAGAACCCCGCGGGGAGCAGAUGACGGCCAACGCGGUGUUACAAAGCUUUCUGUAAAUAUUUUAUUUUCCAUAUUUUAGAGUCAGAAAGAAGCAUUUGGUAAUAAAAAUAAUAGAGAAUUA